AUGGGCACCUCACCCAUAUCAACCCUUCCACCGGAAGUCCUGCACCAAGUGCUCAAAUAUCUACCUAUCGCAACACUCCUCAAAUUCGGUCGGACGUCGAAAAGUAACUACUCAGCCGCUAUAUUGGCCCUGCAAAACUUACGCCUGGCGAUUCUUCCACGCCAUAUUCAUGGCGUCUUGGCCUUUCUCAGCUCCUCCACCUUCGAUGGCGUCGAGUCGGACCUAGGGGAUACGUUCUUCGACGACCCCGCCCGAAACCAAGUCAUCAUCACGUCUGCUCUACCACCCGUCGACAGUCUACAAAGAUCACGGACGAGAUGUCCAUCGCAACCUGCUGUCACGCCGGCUCAAUACCGUGAGAAGCUGUUGCAACUUCAGAACGCGUUGGCGUGCUCCAUCCUCUCGACUCCCACUCUCGUGAGGCUGAGUUCCUUGACACUGCACAUCUAUCACAUCGUCUCCCCGUCCUUGACCGAAAUCCUGGCCACCCUUCUCCCCUGCUUACGAGAUCUGCGCCUCAACUUCUGCCACCCGUAUCUCCACGACACUUGUCUACCAGCACAUUAUUGGACUAAUCCUGUCUUCCUUGAGUCCAGUCCUAUAUGGAACUCUUUGGCCGGAGUGGGUGGCGAAAGCGGCACGCAUCUGAGAUUGAGAAAAUUGGAGAAGCUGACGGUCGAGCGCGCCGGCAUCACCAGCUUCCAAUUACGCAAGUGGAUCGAGUGUAACCCCAAUCUACGAGAGCUGAGAUUGCGGAAUGUCGCUGGGGUCGACGCCGAGUUCGUGCAAUGGCUAGGACAGUACUAUGGUGCCGGCGACCCCGAGACCGAGGCGCCCAGACCAACGAGGAUGAAGAUACUGGCUUUGGAAAGUUGUUCAUCGUUGGUUGCAGACUCUGUCGAGCAGCUGACCUGGCUGGACUCGUUAUUCGGUGUCGGCGCCAAAGCAGGAGUCUGCGACCAGGAGGAGGACGACGCAGCACUCCAGGUUUUCUCCCUGCGGUACUCGAUGUCAGUCCAGACGCGGGCCCUGUGCGCAUAUCUGGAGUCGCGCCGCCCAGGCGUCCAACAAAUCACCUUGCCAGACGGCCGCAGUCUGGCCACCAAGGCUCGCCACAAAAGGUCAAGUCCAAAGGAGCCUUCUAAGGAGGGGGAGAGACAGGGCGAGGACGACAACAAUGCCGAAUCAGCCGCAAUCAACGUUGGCGUCCAAACUCUUACCAUGGACGAAAGCCAAAGUCGACCCGACGAGGACGAGAAUGAUGCGAGCGAAGAUGAUGAUUCGACGUCCUCGUCACCUGUCUCGUACCUCCAACUGAUUAAUCGUCGUCCACCAAGGAAAGGCUGCAAAUUCAUGCCUAGUGAUAUUAUCGAGCCGGAUCCCGAUGUAACUUGA